AUGGUGCACCGACGCUUGGGGGCGCCUUCGGAACGCGUCGAGCGGAGAGUUUCCGUCUUCUUCUUGUCGACCACGACGGGUGUUUCUACAACUUCAACGGCAACCACGGCCGGCUGCUCCACGUAUGGGCUGGCCUGCAAAAAAUGAAAAUACCACUUCAAACCUUUUCAACAAGGCCAAAUAUUACGAGAAAAACAUUUGUCUCUCAGAAAAUCGGAAUAUAUAAAGAAAAAAAAUACAAUUAAACAGUUUUUUUAAAAUUAACCCACCCCCUUCGUUUUGGCUUCGAAGUAAAGGAUAGUUCUUCAAAAUUCGAGAUUUUUUUCGAGCCGUCUAUUUAUAUCAUCAAACCUUCGGAAAUAAAAAAAGAAAAUCUGUGAUGUUUAUGAAAGAAACAUUUUUUUCCUUGGUUUAUAAUCCAUAAAAAGAGGAAAAACCUCACAAAAAAACUGCAAAAUGAGUUGAUCUUCCGCGACAGUGAUCUACGGGUCAAAGAAAGGCGCCAAAUUUUCCCCCCUUUUUUAGCCCUUCUCUAUUGUCAUCUUUUUCUUUCCUCGCCAUAUUUUUUUCUAUUCCUUUCAAGUUCAUUGUUCUUUCUAAUUAGUUACCUUUUUUUAUUUGUUUUCGUUUAUCUAUUUUAUUCAUUUGUAUCUCGUCUUUGUUAAAUUAAUUUCUUAUUCAAACGAGUAGCACUCCUUUAUCCUAUUAAGUACGCGUUAAUAACUUCUCGUUGUUUUUACAAAACGUGUUGGUUUAAUUACCCAAGUUUGAGGUUUCUCAACGUGGGAUCAACCUCAACCCUUGCCCAGUUGUGAGCCGCCCGUUUUUCGUACUCAAUUGUUGGAAGUUAGUAAAGAGUGGUAUUUGAAAAAGAAAUCGUGUUCGUGUUAUAUAAAAAAACCGCGUAAUUACGCUUUAGAAUUACAAGUCCUCGAACACUUAAGUGUUCACUAAGCGAGAGUCGUCGAGGGGCAAGGUCUCAGACCCAGCCAGCGUUGCUUCGUCGUGUCUCUCUGUCGAAGCUGCUCAGACGACUGCGGAAAAACCGUGUUGUGGCUCUUGCCCGCCGGUUCACCUUCUUUCUCCUGCAGCAGCCCAGCUAGGAAGAGUGUUGUGGCUCAGCCCGCCUCUCUCCACUGGAUACAAACCGGACGUGAACUUUCCAAAAACUUACUGA